GUCAUCUGAACAUCACGACGCUAUCUGGGUCGUGGUCGACAGAUUGACUAAGGUCGCCCAUUUCUUACCCGUUUCGAUGAAGAUGUCUCUGGACAAGUUGGCUGAGAUAUAUACCCGUGGGAUCAUCCGACUCCACGGAGUGCCCGUCACGAUUGUAUCAGACAGAGAUCCCAGAUUCGUCAAUCGAUUCUGGCACAGUUUGCAUGAGGCGAUGGGCACGAAGCUAGAGUUCAGUUCAGCCUACCAUCCGGAGACGAACGGUCAGUCAGAGCGGACAAUUCAGACGCUUGAGGAUAUGCUUCGCGCUUUGGUUGUUGACAGGGGUGCUAAGUGGGAGUCGUUGUUGCCGUACGCCGAGUUCGCGUAUAACAACAGCUAUCAUUCCUCUAUUCAGAUGGCUCCUUACGAGGCACUUUAUGGUCGCAAGUGUCGUUCCCCUCUCUAUUGGGACGACGUUGGAGAGCGACGAGUACUCGGUCCUAAGAUGAUCGAGGAGACAGCGGAGCAGGUCGAGUUGAUACAGCAGAGACUCAGGACAACUCAGAGUCGACAGAAAUCUUCCGCCGAUCAUCAUCGACGAGACAUUCAGUUCGAGGUUGGCGAGCCAACCUUUCUCAGAGUUCGUCUGAUUCGCGGAGUUGUGCGAUUCGGAAAAAGAGGGAAGCUGCACCCUCGUUUCAUCGGUCCGUUCGAGGUUCUCGAGCGAGUAGGCGAGGUCGCGUAUCGUCUAGCCCUACCUCCUGAGUUAUCAGGCAUUCAUAAUGUAUUUCACGCAACGAUGUUGCAUAAGUACGUGUGCGACCCCGAUCAUGUCAUCCCUCAUACGGAUAUUCAG